AUGGCCGUGGACCGAAAUAAUCAUUACUUUAGAUGCGAUCUUCGGGUGCGAGGGAUGCUGCGCAGGUGUCAACCCGUGCUGAGCGAAUUCCCGGGCUUUCCGCGCAGAUCAACGGUGCGUCGUGCGCCCAGGACGGAAUUGGCUGGCACACUGCUGCUGCUAACAUCAGACACAUCCUAUAGGACACUCUUCAGUUCCGUAAUCUGGCGAUUGGUGGAAUAA